CGCCCCGGGGCGGAGCCGUCCCCGCCGCCUCCCCCCGGUCCCUCCGCCGCCCCCCCCGUCCUCGCCGGCUCUCCCCUUCUCCCCGCGGCUGUGGCCGGCCGAGGCGGCCGAGGCGGCGGGGAUGUGGCUGGGUCUGGCGGCGCUGCUGGCGGCGGCGGGGGCGCAGUACGAGCGGUACAGCUUCCGCAGCUUCCCGCGGGACGAGCUGAUGCCGCUGGAGUCGGCCUACCGCUACGGCCUGGACCAGUACAGCACCGAGAACUGGCCCGAGAGCGUCAGCUACCUGGAGGUCAGCAUGCGGCUCUACCGCCUGCUGCGGGACAGCGAGGCCUUCUGCCACCGCAACUGCAGCGCGGCCGGGCAGCCCCCCGCCGCCGCUACCCCUUCGCCCCCCGCCGCCUCGGGGGCGCUGGCCGAGCUGCGGCUCCUGGCCGGGGUGCUGCGGCGGGCCCAGUGCCUGCGGCGCUGCAAGCAGGGCCUGCCCGCCUUCCGCCAGGCCCAGCCGGGCCGCCAGCUGCUGGAGGACUUCCAGCGCCGCGAACCCUACAAGUACCUGCAGUUCGCCUACUUCAAGGCUAAUAAUCUUCCAAAAGCUAUUGCAGCAGCUCACACAUUUCUUCUGAAGCAUCCAGAUGAUGAAAUGAUGCAAAGGAAUAUGGCCUACUAUAAGAGCAUACCUGAUGCGGAGGAGCAUAUUAAAGACUUGGAGACAAAGCCUUAUGAGAAUCUCUUUGUCAGGGCUGUGAGAGCAUACAACGGUGACAAUUGGAGAACGUCCAUCUCAGACAUGGAACUGGCUCUUCCUGAUUUCUUCAAAGCCUACGAUGACUGUACAGCAGCCUGUGAAGGCUCCCGAGAGAUCAAAGAUUUUAAAGACUUCUACCUCUCCAUUGCAGAUCAUUAUAUUGAAGUCCUUGCAUGCAAAGUGCAGUGCGAGAGUAACCUGACACCCAUUAUAGGAGGCUUUGUUGUUGAGAAAUUUGUGGCCACCAUGUACCAUUACUUGCAGUUUGCUUAUUAUAAAUUGAAUGACAUGAAGAAUGCAGCUUCCUGUGCUGCUAGUUACCUUCUGUUUGACCAGAAAGAUGAAGUAAUGAAACAGAACAUGGUCUAUUAUCAGUACCACAAAGACAAAUGGGGACUUAAAGAAGAGGAUUUUCAGCCCAGAUCGGAGGCAGUUCGAUACCACAACAUAACCAUGCUCCAGUUGGAAAUGUAUGAAUUCGCAAAGGAACAUCUGAUGGAUGAUGAUGAGGGUGAAGUUGUGGAAUUCCUUGAUGAACUGUUGGAAGUGGAGGAAAAGAAGGAAUCCUGAGAGUGAAAUCACCACAAAGUAUUUUACAGAAGUGAAGAUUCACCACUGCCCCUUACUAUUGUUUUUGGUCACCUGUAGUUCCAGUUAGAUGCACGUCAAAGCUCCGCCUUAUGUCAGAAGAUCCACUCCUGAAAGAUCACUUCCAUGCUGCACUGACUCUUCCGUGAGCAUGGCUUUUCAGUGUGCCUUUACAGAAUUGGUGCAUAUGGGUUUUCCUCUUGAGCUUCCUUUCCUGUACAAAACACAUCAGACUAUUCGUAUUUUGGGGGUUAACACUAAGGUUCCUCAUUUCAGUGCUGUUCUACUAAGUUAUAACAGUACAGCUAAAUUCUGAAGAACUUCUGUCAGAUUAUGAACCACAGAAGACACAACAGUUCCUCUAGACUUUCGGAGCUAUGUAUUGUAUUAUUUAUGUAUGUCUUUUUCUGUGAUGAUGAAUAAAGUGAUACUGAAUUCUAGUGCACCUGAAAGAUGUUAAGAUACAUUUGAAUAGCUGAAAUAAGGUGAUUAACAAAGCACAACUGGUGAUCUUGUAAAAAUUGCUUAAAGAAUUUUGUAAGCAGUGUUGAUCUUUCUUAAAAAUUAAAUUAAAUUCCAUGAUGUGAAACUGAGGUCACUUAGAACUGAAUAAUAAACAAUUCCUUCUUCCUACCA